AUGUCGUCUUCAAAGCUUCUUCACCUUUCUCGUGUAAGCAAAGAAGAGAAUAUUUGUCGUGCAAUUUCAUUGGAAACAACUUCAUAUCCUGCUGACGAAGCGGCCUCGGCCUCGAUGAUUCGAUUUCGACAAAAUCAUGCAAGUGCCUUCUUCUGGGCUGCCUACCUGCAAAAUACUGACCAAGACUCUCAAACCUUUGUUGGUUUUAUCAAUGGUACAUUAACUGCGAAAGAAAAGCUGGAUGAAGAGUCAAUGGCUCAACAUGAUCCGCACGGAUCGCUAUUGUGUAUCCAUUCGGUCGUCAUUGAUCAAGUCUUUCGUCGCCAAGGACUAGGAGCUCAGAUGCUUAAGCAAUACGUUAAUAUUAUCUGUAACUCACAGCCCCAAGUAAAACGUAUCAUGUUGAUUUCCAAGGCUUAUUUGGUGAGGUUCUAUACGAGUUGUGGGUUCACCGUGAAGAAAUUGUCGUCGGUCGUGCACGGGGUAGACCCAUGGUUUGAGCUAGAGCUAGAUUGCGAAGCUGCAAAGCUGGCAGGUAUGGUUACACAGUCCCGUAAAUACGGUGAGGCUUCCUGA